AUGGAGUGUGCUGGCCGGGCAUUGGGAUUCUGGGCAUACCAAAGCACCCAAGAGAUAUUCUACCAGGAAUACCUUGGGAAAAGCCUCACCGAGAAAUAUGCCAGUCUGAGCACACAGAUGGACAAGGUCAUCCACACUGCCAAUUCGGAGAUUUCAACCUUGCAUGGCAAAGUCUCAGCAGCACAAGAACAACUGCAGAAAAAGAACCAAGAGCUUGUCGAUCUAUACCGCGAGAAAUCCAAGAAGCUCACCCAGAUGACAAACCUCUACAACUUGCUCAAGGCUCGCGCGAUGAAAUCCCGAAUGGAAACCGCAGCUUCCGAGAACGUCUCCCAAACCUUGAAUACCCUCUCAUCACGAACCGGUCCCACCGUGCCCCCAGCCCAACCCGGGACGUCAAUGCCGAAUAUCCAAAAAGCCCGAACUCCCAAAACACCUUCGUUCCCUUUCAGCCCGGAGGGCGUGGAGCAACUACACCGGUACCAGCGCAGUGGGACUGGUAGCUCUAAAAUGUCGAGACUGCAGCCCGGAGGCAAGUCAGCAAUGCCGCCUCCAGCGGGCCAUGCAGUCUUCAAUGUUCGAACUGGUAUGUCGAAUCCGUACAGACUCUGGUGUUUGGUACUGAUUCAUGAUGUACAGCCCAAACUAGUUCGACGAAUCAGCAGCACCGCACUCGGCUUCCGCCUCCUAAUCGUCCCUCGACGGUAUUGUCUCAACUUCCCCGGGGGAUGA